ACAUCCAAAAUUUAUCAGUUUAUAAAAGGGGGAGAAAAGAGAGAGGGAAAGCCCAAAAAGAAGAACAAAAAAAAGAAAGGAAAAUGGAGAAGCCAUGGGCGCAAAGCUGAAUUUAUCAUUACGCAAAGAAAGAACAGUUUUCUCCGUCGUUUUGCUUUCGUAGUUGCCAUUGCGUUCGAACUCUGAUCUUCGAUACGGUCGUGUUUUAGAAUCUGAAUCAGAAACGUUUAUAUAUUUUUUUUGUUUUUGCUUUUGGAUUCAUUUGCUCUUUGUGUUUUGGAUGGUAAUGGGGGAUACGGAGAGUUGCAGUAGCAGAGCGGUGGAUUUCGUGCCGAGUCAGAGUCGGAAACAGAGGCAGAAGGUUGAAGUAUUUAACGAAGUUCUUUGUCGACUUAGGGAGUUGAAUAUCGAGGAGGCGAGCUUCCCUACCUUCGAAGAUGAACUGUGGGCUCAUUUCUGUAGACUUCCUGCCAGGUAUGCGUUUGAUGUUAAUGUGGAGAGGGCACAAGAUGUUCUUAUGCACAAAAGAUUACUUCACAAGGCGCGUGAUCCUGCUAGCAGGCCUGCAAUUGAAGUUCGGCUUGUGCAAGUUCAUUCUGCCUCUGAUGGAAAUAGGGUUGGGUCAGUACAUUUGAAGUUUGCACGAAAAGCUGAUGCUCAGUGUUCUGAUUAUCCCAACAAAAAGAGGUUUCAUCCGCCACCUGCCUUUGGUACAUCAUCUGAUAUUGAGCUUGUGCAUGAAGCUAAAAGAGGUGUUAAAGAUAUGGAUGUUGUAGUUAAUGGCAAUCUAAUUGACUCUCGGCUGAUGCAUGAGAUCACUAUUUCAACAAAUGACAAGCCAAAACUUCUAACACAGUUGACUUCUUUACUAUCUGAGGUUGGGCUGAACAUUCAAGAAGCACAUGCUUUUUCCACGACAGAUGGCUAUUCCUUGGAUGUGUUCGUUGUUGAUGGUUGGGCACUUGAGGAGACUGAGCAGCUUAGAAAUGUAUUGAUAAAGGAGAUAUCCAAAGUUGAGAAGCAUUCCUGGUCAAAAUUUCAUGCUUUGUAUCAUGUGAGGGAGCUAGAGCAAACUGGAAACAAACUUGCCUCCAGCCAUGUGAACAUCCCUUCUGGUGGAAAUGAUGUUUGGGAAAUUGAUACUAGCCUGUUAAAGUAUGAAAGCAAAUUGGCUUCUGGCUCCUAUGGUGAUUUGUAUAAAGGUACUUUCUGCGGUCAAGAUGUAGCCAUCAAAGUUCUUAGGACUGAGCAUCUAAACGAGAACUUGCAAAGGGAAUUUAUUCAAGAAGUUAGUAUCAUGAGGAAAAUUCGGCACAAGAAUGUUGUUCAAUUCAUCGGUGCAUGUACCAGACUUCCAAGCCUGUGCAUUGUGACAGAGUUCAUGUCUGGUGGAAGCAUGUAUGACUUUCUGCAUAAACAAAAAUCUGGUUUUAAGCUUCCAUUCUUACUCAAAGUAGCGAUUGAUGUUUCCAAGGGAAUGAGCUACUUGCAUCAAAAUAAUAUAAUGCAUAGGGAUCUGAAAGCUGCCAAUCUUCUGAUGGAUGAAAAUGGAGUUGUCAAGGUAGCUGAUUUUGGCGUUGCUAGGGUGCAAGCUCAGUCAGGUGUGAUGACUGCAGAAACAGGAACAUAUCGUUGGAUGGCUCCAGAGGUGAUUGAACACAAACCAUAUGAUCACAAAGCUGAUGUUUUCAGUUUCGGGGUUGUGCUAUGGGAACUGCUUACAGGAAAGCUUCCAUACGAGAACUUAACCCCCUUACAAGCUGCAUUGGGAGUUGUCCAGAAGGGUCUAAGGCCAGUGAUUCCUAAGCAUACUCACCCGAAAUUUGUGGAACUGCUGGAUAGAUGCUGGCAACAGGAGCCAUCUUUGAGACCUGAAUUCUCUGAAAUUUCAGAUCUCUUGCAAGACUUAGCAGGGAGGUAGGGAAAAGUUGGAAGAAUCAUCCUUUUGCUUAUCCUUCUUGUUGGAAAUUUUGAUAAUCUUGGAAAGGGUUGCAGACAAGACAAAUGGGAAGGAAAAAUCACCUAGGAAAUUUGAAACAGGUUUCAGGAGGAAGCCAGCAAGAUGGCAAGCCCCUGUGGAUAAUUUUUGUAGCUUGUAGUAUGCAUACUUCUUUUUCUUUCUCUAUGCGGACUUAACGCUAUAUUUUCGAAGUAAAAGUAACGGGUAAUUAUGCUAACAUGGCACCUGCUUAUCAUUGCAAUGAUAUCUAAUCGAGUUUAUCGAUAAAAAUGAUCGGUUUAAACUCAAUAUUU